UUUCCUUCCCUCGCGCAGUAACACUGUAACCGUUGCGCGCGCGGCAUCUCUCUUGCCUUGUCUUCAUCGGCGCGGCGUACCAGCACAACCAGCACAGAAGUCCAUCGUCCGUCGUAGACAUCACGCUGCUUAGGAUCCACCUGAUUGUAAUCCGUUGUUGAAGAUGGUCGAAGAAUAUCUCUACGGUAUUACUCUCUCGGGAGAGAACGCCACCGAGGUAUGGGACCCAGAACAUAAGAAUGAGGAUUCGGAUGGCGGACCUCAGAACAUUGGUACCGAUCAAAAACUAAUCAUAAAAAUGGCUCUUCUCGGACCUGAAGCUAAGCCAGGAGAACUUAAUGUGCUUUCCGUUGAAGCAAUGGGACUGCAAGGAACAAUUAAAACUCCAAUAGCAUUGCUUGAAAUGGGCAAAACCUCGCAAAUUAUUCUUGAUCUUAGUUUUCCAGAUCCUCCCGUUACAUUUACAUUGGUUAAAGGCAGCGGGCCUGUUCAUAUAGUAGGCCACAAUCUUCUGGGUGAUUUUACUAUUUCAGGUGAACACAUUGAUGAGAUGGAGUACAUGGAUGAUUUGGAUGAAGAGAAUAUUGAUGAGGAAGACGAUGAGAAGGAGGAUGACGAGGAAGACGAAGAGGAGGAGCCCAAAAAGAAAAACGCCAAAUUAAAUCAACCAAAAUACAAACAGGCAAACAAAAAUAAGAAGAAAUAAACAAAAGCCUUAACGUAAUGAAAAUAAAACUUUAAGUUAGGGUAUUAAAUAAGUCUAUAAUUGUCGACGUUCGUGCGAAUUUAGUAUCUUUUCAUCUGUUUAUCACACGACAAACGUUGCCUUCCAUCUUUCUGAAACAACUGGACCAACAGGUAUUAUAUAUAAUGUAAUUCUAAAAUUGAUUGUCAUUAACUACUUGUGAAAAAAAGAUUUAUUUCACGUUCUGAUGAAUAUGUAUUACAUGAUCUAUUACAUACAAAUAGAAUAAAAUCGCUUUUAUGUAUAUUUUUUAAUAUAUAUAGAGAGAGAGAGAGAGAAAUAUAUAUCGAGAGCAAAGAAAUCUUUAGUAGCAUAAAAUUUAAUGUUAAAAUGAAAGACUAAAAAGCAAAGAAUAAUUCGUUCUUUUUUUAAAUAAAUAUUUUCUUAAGAAUCUUACUACAGUUUAGAUGCUAAUAAGACAUGACUAAACUUAGCUUGAUAAUACUAGUAUUUACUUAUACAAAAAGAAUGCUUAAAUGACCUUUGGACCAGUUGUUGUUAUUGUAAAAUUUAUGGAAAGCACGAAAGGCUUUGUGAAUUAAAAUAUUUUCUGUCUAAAUCGUGCUCAUAUUGACGCACUUCCAGAUACACGAAAAUGUAAAAUUCUAAUGCAAUCAUUUUUAAAAGUUUUUGAUAACAAUUCUGAUAAAAAAAGAAUAACAACACAGAAAGGCGACUUCAUAAUUUAUUAUUUUCGUGUGUACAAGAUGGGGGGAAAAUUAUUAGUCAUUCAGAAAUUUUAAUUCUAGAAAUUUUUUACGUACGUCUGUAAAGUUAUCAGAAUACAAACAAACAAA